AUGGAUAAGAAUUUACGCGAAAGAUUUGUAAACUGUGUGGAUGAUUUAGUGGAUUUUGAGACCGUUUACUCCGCGGCUAAGUCGGAUGAUAAUAUACAUUCGUUAGAAAUCACGCGGGUAGAACUCAAUUCUUUAUGGGAUCAAAUCAAGAAGGCAUACUUAGAUUGUAGGGAUCGCAUUCCGGAAAAGGAUGAGACACCUAUAGAUAAAACUAAGCUUCGAAAUAGCUACAAACAGGCACUAGAAACUUAUAAACGGUGUUUAAGCUCUCUUAACGGAGAAAUUUUGGCCCUUAACGAGCAACAAGAUCAAGAAAAACAGGAGAGAAUAUCGAUGACCCAACAGCGAGACACUAAUGAUUUUUCACCAGCUCUAAGAUUGCCGCCCUGUGACACAGAUGUUUUUAAAGGGGGAUAUCGCGAAUGGCCCACCUUUAGGGACUUAUUUUCAGCAAUUUACAUUAACAAUUCAAAAUUAAGUAAAGUCGAGAAGUUGUUUCACUUAACCCAGAAAACAGCAGGAGAAGCCCGCGAAAUAAUUUCCAAUGUUCCACUGACCCAUGAGGGUUUCGACAUAGCGUGGAGAAAUCUCGUUCAUAGGUACGAAAAUAAACGCAUGCAGGUAAAUGAGCAAUUGCGAGCUCUUUUUAAUUUACCUUCGGUUUCCGUUGAUAACGCGUCAACAAUCCAGAAAUUACAGCGCACUAUAGGUAGUUGUACCCAAACUUUACAGACCCUUGAAGUAGAAACGGGGGGAUGGGACCCAAUCUUAGUUUAUCUUGUGUCAACCAAACUACCAAGAAUAUUUUUAGAAGAAUUCGAAAGCAGCCUAGCAGAUUGUUCGUCUCUUCCAUCGUGGAAUCAAUUAGAUGUAUUUUUGACCCAUAAAUUCAAGACCCUAGAAUCAGUCGGCAAUAUCAAGCCACAAUAUUCGAGAUAUAAUCAACCCAGAUCGGAGGACGAUAAGCGGGAAAAGCGAGUUAAUAGUUUUCAAACAAAUGUAAAUCCCAAUUUCAAGAACACGGGCUCAAGACCCAGCAACAACACACAAUCACACUAUAAUGCUCAGAAUAACAAACCGGUUUGUCAACUUUGUAAAUCCAAUCAUUCUUUGCGAGAAUGUCCUCAAUUUCUAGAAAGGUCGAUCAACGAUCGAAUAAACAUUGUUAAGACCAGUCAUCUUUGCUAUAACUGCCUUUCUUCGGAUCAUGGAGUCAGGGAGUGUAAAAGUCGUUUUAGUUGUAGGGAAUGUAGUCAACGACACCACAGUUUGAUACAUAAAGGCAACCAGAGCCAGUACCCUACAACAGGCACACACCAACGAGGCGGAGCACGACCUAGCACCAGUGCUGCCGCUCUCAACACUUUAGUUCAACCCGGUAGACAGGAAGCACGACCUAGCACCAGUGCUACUGAUCCUACCACCCUAGCUCAACCGGUUAGCGAAUACGCACGCCCUAGUACCAGUGCUGCCGCUUCAACCACCCUAGUACAACCAUCGGUAUCGCCAAAUAUACAGUCCACACCUUGUUUAGAAGCACCUUGUUCAACGACUUUGACACUUCAGGAAAUCAGACCCACUCCGCAACCCAAAGAGACACUUUUGUUCACAGCAAUAGUUCAAAUCAAAUCUAGAGGACAUAGAUAUGAUGCCAGGGCAAUCAUCGAUCCUGGGUCACAAUCAACUUUCAUAUCAGAAAAAAUUAGAAACAAAUUGCAACUUCCAACAGUUAAGAAUUUAAUUCACGUCACAGGUUUAAGCGACGCAGUUUCUGAAACAUCGACAAAAGCUUGCGUCUUCAAUCUUUGCUCACGAGUAAAUCCUAGUUUUGAGCUGGAGGUUUGGGCACCAGUCUUAAAGACCCUACCUUCUCAUUUACCAACACACUAUUUAAGGCAAAAUCAAUUUGGAGAUUUUGCACACCUUAGUCUCGCGGACCCCCGAUUCUUUGAAAGUCGACCCGUGGACAUGUUAAUCGGAUUAGAUAUUGGACCCCUUAUAUUCACAAAAGGCGGUACUAUGAAAUCCUUUGGAUCACUUAUAGCGCAGGACACCGUUUUUGGGUGGAUCAUAGGAGGACCCAUUACGGAAGACCCUAAAUCCGACAGACAAAUCACACUUUAUAGUGCAUCAUCAUUAGAAAAGAUAAUCACUCGCUUUUGGGAGGUGGAAGAGACCCCAAAAAAGGUUUUGAGGUCAGCAGAAGAUAUUUAUUGCGAAAAUAAUUACAAAAAUACAACACGACGUAAUGAGGCGGGGAGAUAUAUCGUAACUUUACCUUUUAAAAGCUGUUCAGAGAUCGGUUCAUCUAGGAACAUCGCAUUGGCACAGUUUCAUAGAAUGGAGAAAAAGUUGUCUAAGACCCCAGAUAUUAAAGCACAUUAUGAUGCAGCCAUAUUAGAGUAUUUGGAAUUAGGACACAUGAGGAAGGUAGACCCAAACAGCGUAUACAAGACCCCUCACUACUACUUACCUCACCAUGCAGUUAUCAAACCAGAUAGGGUUACCACAAAACUUAGAGUGGUUUUUAACGCAUCUAGCCCAACAUCAAACAAGAAAAGUCUUAAUGAUAUCUUACAUACAGGACCCAUACUUCAGCAAGACCUUGUCGUACAAGUGUUGAACUGGAGAUUUUUUAAGUACGUCUUCAAUGCAGACGUGACAAAGAUGUAUCGUCAGAUCUUAGUAGACCCCAAUCAAACAGCAUUUCAAAGGAUCCUCUUUCGCAAAUCAGAAAACCACCCAAUUGAGGAUUACGAACUCUUAACUGUUACCUUCGGCAUAAAUUGCGCCCCAUUUUUAGCGAUUAGGACCCUUCUCCAGUUAGCAGAAGACGUGAAAGAUUCUCAUCCGUUAGGAUCAAGAAUUAUUAAAGAAAAUUUAUAUGUCGAUGAUGUAUUAGCGGGCGGACACUCCAUAGAAGAAGCUACAGCAGCUAGGAAGGAAUUAGCCUCCGCAUUAGAAUCAGCUGGUUUCGAGCUAAGAAAAUGGGCGUCAAAUGACACACGUUUGUUAAAGGAUUUAAAUGAAGACAUGCUUCUUCCAAUAGAUUGGUUAAAUAUUUCCGAAGCUUCUUCGACAAAGACCCUAGGAAUUCGUUGGAAUAUAUCAGGUGAUAAUUUCACUUUUACGGCCCCUACAGUUGAAGAAAGGCAAAUGACACCGUAUCAGAGAUACGAGACAGUUGAGAGACGGAGUUACUGUCGGAACUGUCUGGCGCGCAGCCAUCUGGCCCCAGACUGCCCCGUGGUCACUGCCUGCCGAACAUGCGACUACCGCCAUCACACAAUGCUGCAUGGAGCCCCACAGCUUAGGAAGACAUACGGCAGCUACAGCCCGCCCCCAAUGGAGAUUGCCAACCCACGGCAACUUGCAAUCGAACCAGCCAACCAGAUGCCCAUCGUCCAAGGCCCUCCCCCGGUCGAGAUACCUUACAGCCGGGCCACUGUUUUUGUACCCACGGCGAUGGUGGAAUUGGCACCCGAGGAGCAGGACGAUUGGGCUGGGGUACGGGUACUUUUGUGCCAGGCAUCGACCAUCACCCGAAUCGCGGCAGCCACAGUAACUCGCCUGGGGAUACCGACGAGAGAGCGCAGAGGGCACCGUCUGGCAACAAUAAGACUUCGGUCAAGGCAUGCGUCGAGGAGGACCAUGUAUACCAUCCGGGCAGUGGUGACCCGGGAUUUGCCGCGACGACCCUAUUCAGAUCCCAUCAUUCCCGACCCCACAAGCAGCCUAAGAUCCCUUUCUUUGGCAGAUGCUGACCCUAGAGGCAACGAACCAAUCGAUGUAGAGGUAGGGGCCGAUGCCUACGCCCACCUCCGGAGGAGUGGUGUUGUACAACCCGGAUUGGGAGCCGUCUUCGCCCAGGAGACAGAUUGGGGAUACGUGUUCGUCGGCCCAGUCACCUCACAGGCAAGAAACCAGGAUUAAAAAGAUACAAAGUGACACAAUAACAACCGACUCAAAAACCAAAUCUACACUCGACCCACAAUUGCAACAUCACAACAACCAUAAGUGCGGGACACAACAUACAACACCAACUAAUUCUAAUAUUGCAAACCCCCCACCUGUUAAAUACAAUGUCUAUCUACUACAAUCAACUAUACUCAUAAUUUAAAUUUUAAUCUACUUACUACUGCUACUUAAAUCUAUGAAUUGUGCUAUCUAAACCUAAAUAUUUGCUACUUA